UAAACUAUAACAGACAUGCUUAGAUUAGGUUAAGCGAUUAACUUCAUGGUAUACAAACAAAUGCUGUACUUUUUACAUAAUAUUAAUUUUAUAAUUUUUAUGUUGUUCCAUAUAUUGCAUUGAUUAUAUUAUAGUUUGAAUAUUAGUAUAAAUAGUCAACACUUAACCAACAAGAAUAUCCUUUGUUUUGACACGAGAAUUAUUGAAAAAUCGUAACCUCAUAACCAAAGUCAGAAAUGAGUACUCAACCAAGCCCUGCUAAUCAGACAGUUGACAGAGAAAAAAUAUACCAAUGGAUUCUUGAAUUGACCAACCCAGAAACGAGAGAAAAUGCUUUACUGGAACUAAGUAAAAAGCGGGAAGUUGUGCCUGAUUUGGCUCCAAUGUUAUGGAAUAGUUUUGGCACUAUUUCAGCUCUUCUUCAAGAAAUUAUAAACAUAUACCCAGCUAUUAAUCCUGCUACAUUGACAGCUCAUCAAUCUAAUAGAGUUUGCAAUGCUCUAGCAUUGCUGCAGUGUGUUGCAUCACAUCCUGAAACAAGAUCACAAUUUUUAUUGGCUCAUAUACCUUUGUUUUUGUAUCCCUUUUUACAUACUGUUUCAAAGACACGACCUUUCGAAUAUCUUCGUUUAACUAGUUUAGGAGUUAUUGGUGCCCUAGUGAAGACUGAUGAACAAGAAGUUAUAACGUUUCUUUUAACCACAGAAAUUAUACCUUUAUGUUUGCGGAUAAUGGAAUCAGGCUCUGAAUUGAGUAAAACUGUUGCAACGUUUAUUUUGCAAAAAAUUUUGUUGGAUGACAGUGGAUUGUCGUAUAUCUGUCAAACAUAUGAUAGGUUUAGCCAUGUAGCAAUGAUAUUGGGUAAAAUGGUACUAUCAUUAGCGAAGGAACCUUCUGCAAGGCUUUUGAAGCAUGUUGUUAGGUGUUAUUUAAGACUGUCAGAUAAUCCUAGGGCUCGUGAAGCGUUAAGGCAAUGUUUACCAGAUCAAUUGCGUGAUAAUACUUUCAGUGCCUGUUUGCAAGAGGACAAAUCCACAAAACACUGGCUAUCACAGUUACUAAAGAAUCUCGAUACCCCUGGCACAGGUGACCCCAGACAGGUUGGGAUAUCACCUUUAACAUCCCAGUAGCAUUUAAGCUUACGUACCUAUCCUACAACUGUAAAACGAUUGCAGGCUUCCAGCGUUAUUUCAAAAAUUGAGUGUACAAUGUACUCUACUGCCGAUUUUCUUUCAGAUUUAAAUUAUUUUAAACAUUUUCACUUUUAACUAUAAAAGGAGUGUGAUAUCUGUUUUAGGUUAUAGAUUUAUACAUAUUUUAGUAUUUUUUUUAUAUUAGUAAUAUGCCCGAAUUGAUCGCGCAAUUAACAUAAUUAUUAUAAUUUCGUAUGCUUUAAGUUUAACGGUAGAUAUUUUUUGUGUUGCCAUACGAUUUAUUUAAUUUUAUUAACGUCCACAAAAUCUGCCAAAGAAAAAUGUAACAAACAAUCAGCAGACGUUAUUUAUUUGUAGUAAUGGACAAGAUUCUGAUAAGAUUGUUUUUUUCAAAAAUUAGCCGGAUCUACAUUUAUAUCAUAUUUUACAAUAUUAAACUAAUACUGCUAUACAGUUCAUGUAGUUUUUAAUAUUUUGUUAUUAUGCUCAUAUACAGUCAGUACAAUUUUUUUUUGUUAUACAAUUGCAACAAAUAGUUCACACUGAUUUGUGCUCGUCACAAUUUGUUUACAAUAAAGAUUAAUAUUUUUUU